CUCAUUAUUCACAGAACUCAUCACAAUUCCCUCCUUCCGCUUUCACUGCACAUAGGGAAUCAUCAAUUUAUCGUCAGGCUCGCCGAUUGCCGCAGGACGACAAAUCGCGCGCAUUUCAGACGAAAAGGCUGCCCGGCCAACUCAGCGCCGAAACGACAAAAACAACACGCAACGAAUCAUCAUUUGACCACUCCACGAUUACGACUCAUGACACCCUCUCUGUCCGCUUUCUGACAACUCAUCCAUCGUGUUCGAGUUCGAGUCGAUCCUUCUUUUCCCUGACGUCUAUCGCGCAUUGCAGGCCACCUCAGUAAAACAACAUGACGGUCUCGCCGCCGGGUUCGCCCACCACGGCUACGCCGCAGCGGCCUUUCAGUGGCAUCAUGCGGACCCCGCGGAGUAACAGCCGUCUGAGUAUGAGCAGUAAAGUCGGUGGAGGAAGUCGGGCGUCCGACGAGGAUGGGAAAACAGCGGUCAAAGUCGCGGUCCGUGUACGACCCCCGCUGAAACCCACCGAUCCCGGGUACGAAUUGAUUCCGCAACGUUUCCAACGAUCUAUGGUUCAUGUCACGUCACCGACGAGUCUUGCGGUCGAUAUCCCACAAGGUCGGAAGUUGUUCGUGUUUGAUCGGGUCUUUCCCGAAACGACGGAUCAGAAUGGCGUCUGGGAAUACCUUAGCGACAGCGUGAGCUCGUUUCUCCAAGGCUACAAUGUUUCGAUUUUGGCCUACGGCCAGUCGGGUGCUGGCAAAUCGUACACCAUGGGAACCUCUGGCCCCAGCGAGCAACACGAUACACAGUCAAUGGGAAUCAUCCCUCGUGCAGCCCAACUCCUAUUUGAGAAACUGGACGGCCCGGCUAAGCAUAAUCGCAACAGUUCGACUGGACUUCGCACACCAGCUCGAUACUCGAUCAGCUCUACUUCGAGCUUCGGGCGCGCAACAGCUGAAAAGAACUGGCAAUUGAAAGCCAGCUAUGUGGAAAUCUACAACGAGCAGCUGCGAGAUCUUCUCCUCCCUGAAUCGACACCUAUGAGUGAUCGCGGCUCGGUAGCGAUCCGCGAGGAUGCCAAAGGUCGCAUCAUCCUGACGGGCCUGCACCAAGAUUUGAUGAACGCCCUGAGCUUCGCGAUCAACGCAAAAUCCUCCCGAUCCCACGCAGUCUUCAGUCUCAAUCUUGUCCAACAGAAACGGAUGUCCAUGCCGGUCGAGGUACUUUCCGGCUCGGAUGCUUCCGUCACGGUCGAUAGCAAACUGCACUUUGUCGAUCUGGCAGGAAGCGAGCGGCUGAAGAACACUGGUGCUUCCGGGGAACGCGCAAGAGAGGGAAUCUCCAUCAACGCUGGUCUAGCUGCCCUGGGCAAGGUCAUCUCUCAGCUUUCUUCUCGUCAAUCGGGCGCUCAUGUCUCCUACCGAGAUUCGAAGCUCACCCGCCUACUCCAAGAUUCUCUCGGCGGCAAUGCUUAUACAUAUAUGGUUGCUUGUGUCACGCCUGCGGAAUUCCACCUCAGUGAAACUCUGAAUACUGUGCAAUACGCACAGAGGGCGAGGGCUAUCCAGAGCAAGCCGCAAAUCCAGCAUAUUGCUGACGAAAGCGACAAGCACGCAGUGAUUGAGAGGCUCAAGGCCGAAGUCGCUUUCCUGAGACAGCAGAUCCGUAUCGCCGAGGACAAUGACCGACGAGCUGCUGGACCGCAAGAGAGGGCGGAGCGUCAAAAUGAGAGGGAGAAGGAGCUUCAGAACCAAUUGCUUGAUGUACAAGAAAGUUAUAACGCGCUGAGCCAGCGACAUGCCAAACUCAUUUCCGAACUCGCUCACGAUUCGGAGCACUCCACCAAUGGAGAAGCAGAUGAUGUUGCCUCGGCCGUUGGCAAGAGCUCUGUUGAGCGACUGAAGCGGUCUCACUCUUUUGCCCAAUCCGUCGAACAGGUCGUUCUCGAGUAUGAGAAAACGAUUCAAAGCCUUGAAUCCUCCUUAUCCAACACACGAUCCUCCUUGGCGGUGACUGAGAGCACUCUUCUGGAACGGGAGACCAAAUGCGCCUAUGUCGAGACUGUCAAUGCCCAACUGCAAGCGCGCAUCCAGAAACUUAUGGACCGUGAGGCCAGCACCGAGUCCUAUAUGCACGAGUUAGAGUCUCGGCUCGAUGGCCAGUCUUCGGGCGAGGAGAAAUACACGGCUAUCAUUGCGGAGCUGCGCAAAGAACUCAGCCGUGCGCGCGAAAGCGAGGCGGGAUGCGAAGAUUACAUUUCGACACUGGAGGAGCGUCUCGCCGAAGCCGAUCAAGACAUGGAGCUCAUGCAGCGAGAGGUUGAGCGCUUGGAACAUGUAAUUGAGCGUCAGCGGAGUCUCGGCAAACUCGAUAGUCUUCUCUAUGAGUUGGACCAUGUCCACCAGAACGGCGCCAGUCAGGAUGACAUCCAGGAAGAAAUGGAGUCUCCCGCUGCUGUGACGAGCGCCCGCAAUUCCCGUCAGAGAGCCACCACUCUGGAAGUUUUGACCGAAGCCGCCGAAACGGCGAUUCCUGAAUCAGACGAGGAUCUCGCGGAAACCGUCCCAGACAUCGAAGAAGAAGCAAAUGUCGAAGCGGCGACAGCUGCCCACGUUGAUGGCUCUGACUUGGAGGUUUUGGAAAGGGUAACAAGCCGCUUAGAGGCCGAUCCCAAUGCAGAGCCUCGAGCCCAGACUCCUAGCCUUACCGAGUCGAAGAUCGUUGCUGAUAAGCUUGAGACCGUCUCCCAAGAGCUCUUGGACCUGCGCCUGCAGCACGAGAGCACGGUGAACCAAUAUGAACUGUUGGAGGCCAAAUAUGAAGAGGUACUCAGGGCUUUAGCCAAACUGAAACAGGACGCUGCCGACGAAGCGCGCCAUCCGGCUUCUGCCGUCCAGGGGCUCAUUUCCCCAGUCACUGCCUCUCGACCAAGUGGAAAACAACACUCGUUCUCGCAAUCACUCUCCUCGGAGUUAUCCUCGGUCGGGGAGCCUGCUGCUUCGCAAGAACCCUCUACUAACGGGCAUCCUGAGCCCGCCGCAGAAAUUCCCGUGGACUCGCAGGCGUCCCACAGUGAGACGAACUCGCUCGAAAUGGAGCAGAUGCGUCAGCUACUUUCCGAGCACCAGGAAGGUGUUCACCUUAUGACCCAAAAGUAUGCCGAGCUGCAGGCCGAGCAUGAAGGUGCCCUUGCUCUGGUGGAGACGCUCAAAACGGAGCUUCAGAAAUCCAAAUCUGCCUCCCCACCGACAACCCCGGGCUUCAAGUCGAAUGUCAUCCGGAGGAAGAGCAGCCAGAGCCUCAUGUCGACGGUGGAUCGUGCGCAUCGCUCGCUUGCUGCCCUGAAGAACAUCGCGGUAGAAAAGUUCGAAGGCCAGCCCGACACAAUGCAGAACUUCGAGGUUCAUCUUGACGCGGCGAUGCAUGAGCUGCACUCGCGCAUAGAACGCAUCCAGUCCUUGGAGGCGGAAAACCAGAGCGUGAAGAAAGAAAUGGAGAUGAAGGCGACCAUCAUCUCUGGCCUCACCCGUGAGCGGUCCAGCUUGCAAGGGUUGCGGGAUCAGGUAGUCCAGCAGGAGAACCUGAUCAACGAGCUCAGGGAGGCGCAUGAGUCACGCGAGAAGAAGCUGCUCGCCGAGAUCGCGGAAUUGAAGGAUCUUCUGAAGACUCAGGAGGCAGCUGCCAAGGCUCAGGAUGCGCACGCGGAAGAGCAAGACAAGAAGAUUGACGAUCUUCAAGGUGAAUUGGUGGAGUGGAAGAGCAAGCAUGAGAACGCCGUCAAAUCCUUGCAGGCUUCCGAGCAGCAACUCAGUGCCACCUUGGCCGACCUGGACAAGGCCCUGGCAACUGCAGAUGCCAUGCGCUCAGAGCGUGCUGCCGUCGAUGAGACAUCUGCUGCGAAGGAGGCUGCUGCCAGAGAGCUGGAGGCCGAGAGAUCACAGCAGCAAGAGCUGGUUGAGAGUUUGAAGCAGAAGAUCGAAGAGCACGAGGCUACCGCCGCGGCCCAUCUCGAGAAGAUUGCUUCUCUCGAGCAAUCGCACAAGGCAGCGCAGGAGCAGCUAUCGGAUCUUCUCGCGACCAAGGACAGUGCCAGCGGUGAGGUUGAAGGAUUCCAGUCUCGUGUGUCUGAACUCGAGAAAGAAAUUGAGAUGCACAAGUCGACUGCUGAAUCUCACAAGAAGGACCUCGAGUCUCUGCAGGAAUCACAUAAGAAUGAAUUGGCGGAGCUCGAGGAGCGCGCUAAGGCUGCGGCGCAGGCUGAGUAUGACUCGCGGAUCGCAGAGAAGAGUGUCGAACACGGGGAGGCGAUGAAGAGUUUGAGAUCUGAAAUUGAGGCAUCGCGGAAUGAGCUGUUGAAACUUCUGAAGAUGGUUUCGGAACUUCUCAAUUCCGAUGUCACUGCGGACAACCUUGCAGACCAGAUCCAAGAUAUCCUCACGCAGAAGCAACACUUUUCCGACAAGUACGCCGAGCUGAUGGAUGCAAACGAAGAUUUUCGCAAGCAGCUCGUAGCCAAGGAGAGCAAUGCGGACAAGUUGGAAGAGCUUACCCAGCGUGAGGCGGCCAAGGACGCAAAGGUGAACGAGCUUGCCAUCCUCGUCGCCACGCUUGAAGAUGCCCUUCAGCGUAAGGAAGAGCAAGUUAAGAAGAAGGAUGCGCUCAUCGAGGAGAUCACCGCCGAGAAAGAAAAGAGCCUGCGUCUCGUGGAGGAACUCGAGGAGCAGAUUACUAACAGCUUCGACCAACACCACAACCGUCUCUCCGUCAUCCAGCACGAGCGCGACCAGGCCUUGGAAGACGCCAAGGCAAAGAUUGCGACGUACGAGAAAGAGAUUGAGACAUAUCGCAUGCGGAUUGAACAGCUUGAGCUUCAACUCAAGAAUGGUACCGGCCAGGAUGGUUCGCAUGACCGCACUAGCUCUUUGACCUCGAAUCUGCGGAAGAGUACUUCGGCAGCCUCUCUCCCUUCGCCGCCACCUGCCAUUCCUCUCCCCCUCUACCGACUAUACAGUCUGCCACCAACGGAACUGGUCAGCGUUCAGAUUGUCGAAGACCAAGAGGCCCGUAUCCGCACGAUAGAGAAGCACCUCAACGCCGAGAAGCAACUCACUGCCACUUUGGAAGAAGCUCUGGGCGACCUUGAAGCGCAGAGCAAUAAGGUCAAGACCGACUGCGAGGCCUGGAAGAAGAAGGCAUGGCAGCUGGAGGAGGAGUUGACGGCUCUGCGCAAGGAGCGCAACUCGCAGCGCCUCUCGCUUCAGGCCGUCGAGGAAGAACGCAACGCCCGCCGCGAAGCCGAGGCUGCUCGAGCCCAGCUUGAAGAGCGGAUGAAUGCGCUGAACAAGAAGAAGAAGAAGAGCACGCUCAACUGCUUUUAAUCCAUCGUACCCUUUUGAUUCUUCUGGAUCGUUCAAUUUUAGUGUCUCGGACGUAACGUUCCCCAUGUUCAAAGCCCGCCCUGUGUACUAUGAAUUCGAUGUCGAUUCCCCUUCUUGAUUGUUGAUACCUUUUUUGUUUUCAUUUUGAUUCUUUCCCCUUCAGAUAACCCCCAGCCUCCGCUGUCUGAUUUCACUACGAGUCAUUAAAUACG